GGUUGAUGCAGUUUUCACACUAUGGAGUGGGAAUAGCUUCAAAGAGAGAGACGCACGAUAAUAGACACAAGAUGAGUUCUCAGCAGUUUCCCAGGGCUGCACUGCCUCCUCCUGGAGCUGGACCAGGUCAGGCUUCUACUGACAGCAGCGUUCUAGGCACACAAUCAGUGGGCAGUGAGGACAGCAGCCGUGAAGUGGAUCACUCUCAGGAGCCUCCACCUGGCAGCAGCAGUGGCAGUGCAGGUGGAAUUGCAUCGUUCCGUGAUGAUAAGCAUGAGACGGUGGUGGUCAGGCCCUACCCACAGGUCCAAGCUCUAGGCCAGCCUCCUGCUUUGCCUCAGCAUGUGCCUAUUCAGCCCAGCCCUCCUGUAACUGUGGCUGCCCCAUCAGUCCAACUACUACAGGGCCAGCAGUCCAGCGUCAGUGAGGGCUCAGUGAAAGCUGCCCUGAAGUCACCUAUGCCCAGUCGUCUUAUAGCACCUGCUCCGGCCAUUAGCCAAGGUCAUGUUCCUGUUCCAGCCAAAGUGUCUGGACAUAUUACCGUUCCCCUUGAGAGCAGCAUUGCUCCAGCUUCUAUACCAGUGGCAACCAUCAGCGGUCAGCAGGGACAGAGUAAUCGGCAUCAACUAAUGGCCACUAACGUGCAGAUCUUCAGGGGCAGUGCAUCUGCGCUACAGAUCGGAUCUCCUGCUCCUUCCCACACUUUCACCUCCCAUCUGCCCAGAGGUGCAGCUGCUGCAGCUGUCAUGUCCAGCACUAAAGGCCCUACUGUUCUCAGACCAGCCGGAGGAGGGAACGCAGGCCCUAGCCAACCUGCAGCUGUGCAGCACAUUAUACAUCAGCCUAUUCAGUCUCGACCUUUGGUGAAUGCCUCGACGGCUGUUCUGCCCACCAUGGUGGCUCCCAUCCCAGCUGCUAGAACCCAGUCCCCAGUCAUUAACACCCCUGUCACACAUGCUGCAGAGAUGAUUCAUGGGCGACCAGUAACCAUUCACCCUCCACCAACCACCAUCAACAUCCAGCGUACCUCCCCUCCCCGGGACACUGCCACGCGCAUCACCCUCCCACAUUUUUCUUCCCUUUGUCCAUGCGCACAUUUUAGAACUGACUCCAUUUUUCAUUCUUUCUUAAUGUUUCUGGCCUCUCCAGCUAAAGUGGUUCCUCAACCGAUUGCCCACACUUCCCCACGCAUCCAGCCAGAGUACCCAGGAGAAAGGACCAGCCUGAUUCCCAUCUCAGGCCAUCGCUCUUCUCCAAACCCUGUCACCAUGGAGGCUCGCGGCGAUAACAGGCCAUCAGUGCCAGUGCAAUUUCAGUACUUUCUACCCACAUACCCUUCAUCCCCGUAUCCUCUGACCCACACCUACACCCCCAUCACCAGCUCGGUCUCCACCAUCCGCCCCUACCCAGUAACGGCUCCAGCUCAGAGCUCAGCUCUUCCUGCUCAGGCUGGUGUUGGUGUGGCCACCACUGUGCACUUGAACCCCAUGCUGAUGGCAGUGGAUCGCAUCGGCCUGCCAUCUGCCCAGAUCAGCACUCAGAACAUCCAGCCAGCCUCUAUGACUGCUCAGGGCAUUCAGCCUGCACCAAUAGGAGUGCAGGGGCUGCAUGCCACUGCACCAAUCGGCACCCAGAGCGUACAGCAGGCUCCGCAACAGCCACAAUCAGAAGCAAAACCACCAGGUGUUGUUUUGGCUGAAAGUCCUGCUUUUGUCACUAAUCCAAUCGGGAGCACUUUUAGUGGCACGCAGCCUGUCACUACGAUGGUGCAGACACACCCCCAGGGGGCGGCUACAGGUGCACCCACACUCAUCUCCUCCCCUCGACCUAGCAUCCUUCGCAAAAAACCUGUGAAUGAGGGGGCAGUGCGUAAAAGUCUGAUCCCAGCACAGACAAGUGAGCAUAACGCUGGCCGAAUGGAUAGUGGGAUAAGGCUCUCGGGAUCCCCUCGCCCAGUGGGAGUGAAGCCCAAAUCUGAUGUUCAUGUUGCUAUGGCGUCCCCAGUCAUGGCAACCGUGGAGUCUCUUCCGAGUCACGGAGGUGAGCAGCAGCCGCUGUGCACUCCUGCUCAGCAUCAUUCACAGGCCAUUCCCACCGUUCUGGCUCCACCAGCUCCGACACCUCCCUCUCAGCCCACUGCCGUUCUUUCAGCCCUGCCGGCAGCCAUGGCUGUCACUCCCCCUGUGCCUGCCUCCAUGGCCAAUGCAGUGGCUUCUCCCACUCAGCCAGCUGCCACCAGCACUGCUGCCCUGAGCUCCACCCUUCCAGAGGUUAAAGUGAAACAGGAAACUGAGCCAAUGGAUACUUCACAAGCAGUGCCCUUAGCUCCUUUUUCGACGGGUCCGGCUCCAUCCCUCUCCUCUCAGGCCUCCACCCUGGCCAUAUCUUCCCAACCCGGAGACCUCCUACCCGGGGCCUCUCCAAGAAAGAAACCCCGCAAACAGCAGCAUGUGAUCUCCACUGAGGAGACGGAGAUGGUGGAGACCAACAGCACAGACGAAGAGAGAGCUAGCAGCCGAGCUCCAGGAAACAGACCUGAAAGACAUGAGUCUCCACCUAGGGAAUAUGUUGAUGAGGACGGUGUUCGUUACGUACCAGUCCGCCCCAGACCGCCCCUCACUCUGUUGCGCCAAUACCGUAACCCAUGGAAGGCUGCCUAUCACCACUUCCAGAGGUACUGUGACAUCAAAGUCAAAGAGGAGAAGAAAGGCAGCCUUCAGGACAUGGCCAAUCAGAGAGGAGUAGCAUGUCGAGCUCAGGGCUGGAAAGUGCACCUGUGUGCUGCACAGCUGCUACAGCUGACUAACUUGGAGCAUGACGUGUACAGCCGGCUGACCACCCUGCAGGAAGGCCUCAUCCCAAAGAAGAGAGCUGGAGCUGACGAGGAUCUGCACCGCAUCAAUGAGCUCAUACAAGGCAAUAUGCAGCGCUGCAAGCUUGUGAUGGAUCAGGUGACUGAAGCUCGCGACACCAUGAUGAAAGUACUGGACCAUAAGGACAGAGUCCUGAAGCUGCUCAACAAGAAUGGAACUCCCAAGAACAGCUCCAAGUUAAAGCGCAAGGAGCGGGCAUAGAUGCCACUCCAUGGUGUUAAUCUUUGUCCUUCAGCAGAGUCGAACACAGGAAUGCUCUUCAAAAGCUGGACCUGUUAUGGUUUAUCAGGUUGCUGUGCACAAUCAUCUACUUUCUUUUACAGUCUCGAAAAGAGAGAGAGAGAGAGACUGUUGUAAACCAUUGAACUGUUUUUAUAGGAACUGCUGCUUACUGUGGACUGUUAAACUGUCCAUUGGGUAUGAGGCAGCCUGGUUAACCAAUGGUUUUUGUUUGUCCCCUAAAGAAAUUCUUUAAGUAUUUCAUUUUAAAAGAAACAUGUUGUCUUCUUUUUUUUUUUUUUUAGUUGUAGAGGCGAUGCUUUUGCUGUAAUGGACUUUAAAGAUCAGAAAGGUCAUGUUUGCUAGAUGUAACUCCUGUAUCUAGUUUGAUUCACACCGAGUACAGAAUGCACACACGCACAUGCUCGCAGAGUGUGCUAGCUUUCCAUGUUUUGGUACCUUGUAACAUGGGUGAAACUGGGUUGUUGUUUUUUUUUUGUUAAAUACAAACGUUGAAGUUAAUCUCUCCCAGAUUAGUCAGAAAUUCCACUAUGAAAAUAUGUGGUAAUAGACUCGUUCUAACCAGAUAUAAUGCCCUCUAACCCUUCCAGUUUUUUUCAUCACUGUAAACAUUCAAGCGCUAUAGUGACUGAUGGUCGUACAAAGUGUGUACUUGAAAGAAUCAGUAUAAUUAUGUGAAUUUAUAUUAUAAGAAUGUGUGUAAUGUUUUAUGUUUCACUGUAAGAAAAUUGUUCUUAAUGGAAGUGAUGUGGUUUUCACUGUUUUUUUUUUUGUGCUGUUUUACAGAUAUGUUGUUCUGGGUUUGAAUAAUAAUUUAGCUAUUUUGUAAGUUUUUUUUUUUUCUUCAUUCUUACAUUCUUUUAUUUUUCCAUGUGUAACUAUUAUGUGCUAUUGCAGUAAAACUGGAUACAUUUA